AUGGCCACCAGCAUCGACCAACUCGCCGCCCUCGUACGAUCCUACUCGGUCGAGGACGACCCCUCGGCUUCAACAAUACCGACUCGGAUUGCUGAUGGUCAGUCGGGAUAGUGCGCCUCGCCUGCACGCUGCACUCGCUCGACCUGGAGCUCACUGGGCCGUUCUCGCGCGCUCCUUCCUCAACACACAGGUCUCGAUCGACAGCAGUACAAGCUGAUCGAGCUUGUCAAGUCGCUUCGGGAGCUACUCAUCGCAGAGCACGAUCAAACCCGAGCCAAAGGUCAGCUCAUGCAGCCCGUGCGAACGCAGCUGGCGAUGGAGCAGCCCACGAGAAACGAAACAGCGUCAGGACAACAAUGCUCAUCCGAUUACCUGUUCGCACCAGGUGUCUCGCUCUUGUCUCGAGUCGUCGCUGAGAUUGACCGUUCCCAGCUGGAUCGACAGAGCAGUCAGUCUUCGCACUCGUCGACCACCCCCACCUCCGCCCGCUCUCGGCGCUGACCAGUGUGCGGCCAUCUAUCCCUCACAGCCAACACCUUGACCACCUUCUUUGCCGACAAACUAUCCGACAAGCCUCUGCUGCUCUCCUGCGCAUCCGCUCUGGCCGCACUGACCGAAUCGCCGACGUUCGGCACUGGCGAAGGUGUUCAAGUCGCUCGAGCGUCAGCUGCAGCACCCGCACCCGCCUCGAUACUUGGGCAUUGACUUGGCAACUGACCCUACGCCCACUUCAUCCCUCAGACUGUUCGCCUCGAUCGACCUGCAGACGUACCCGCAGGCGUCCCGCUUCGUCGUCUACCAGCUCGUCGAUGCGCUCAUGUCCCGCUCCCGACCGGCGCUCAAGCGACUCGGUCGCGAGUUCAUCAAGGGCUACAGUCGGAUGGUCGAGGGCGAAAAGGACCCGAGAAACCUCAUGCUCAGCUUCAACCUCAUCAGGGUCAUCCUGCUCGAGUUUGACCUCACUGGCAGCAUCGAGGUGGGUUUCCGGCAGUUCAAGUUUGGAACGAGUCGUCGGCGCCUCGCUAACAUCUUCAUUCACCUCACAGGACCUUUUCGACGUCACAUUCUGCUACUUCCCCAUCACCUUCAACCCACCCAAAGAUGAUCCGUAUGGCAUCACGAGCGAAGAUCUGAUAGUUGCACUGAGGUCAGUCGCAAGUGCUCUCUCAACUCCGAAUGGAGUGAUUUAUCAUCAAAGAUUGCCUUGCUUCCAAAGGCACUGCUUAUCAGCAACACCGUACUUUGGCAAACUUGCGCUCCCUCUGUUCCUCGACAAGAUGCAAGCUGCGAGUGAAAAGGCCAAGGUGGGUUCAGGCUGACGUUUCGGCUCCGAUGAUCGUUUUGGCUGACCCCUCCAUGAGCCCCAUCUCCAUCAGCGACAAACGCUGCAAGCUCUCAUCACCUGCUUCCCUAUCUACGGAGCCGCUGUGUGUGGCGAAUGGGCGGGUCGUUUCUCGGAGGCUCUCAGCAUCGAGGUCAGUCCGAUUAGCACACGUUGGUUGCCCAGGGUCCGAGUAUUUACUUGUCCCGGUUCGACAGGUGUUCCACGCGACGGACUCGAGCAUGAUGAAGUUAGCACUGGAGUGCCUUCGCGCACUUUAUUCGACACUUUACCCCGACACUUCCCCCGUCUCGAUCACGACCACCACACUACAAUCCGACGAAAAGGAUGGUGAUGCCGAGAUGCCAGCCGCCGAUGCCGACGAAAUUACGAAAUCGGCGCCGGCGCCGACAGGAGUAGAAGGUAUUGCCAUCAAGGUCGUACAAAACUCGCUCGACGAGCUCAGAGAGCCGGACAAGAGCAAUGCCAAGCCCGCGGUCAAGAUCCUCAACGCGCUCAUCUGCAGCUCCGAUCGACUUGCCGCAUACGUGCUCUCCGUCACCGUCCCACAACUACUGAACCUCUACAAGGACCCGGACGAAAUCGCUCUGCGAGCACCGACACUGGCUUGUCUUGCAGAUCUCUUGUCCUCACUUUCACCUCUCGAGACGCCUGCGCCUCUCAUCUCGACCGCACCGGCCGAUGCUCCCAUCUCGUUCCCUCCUCCGACUUUGCCCCAUGCCGAAGGCGCCUCGCCUCUCGAGCCCUUCCGAGAUGAGCUUUUGUCGGUCCUGACGUCGGGGUCUCGGUCAGCCUCGUCGAGAGCCCCUGCUAUGGACGGUCUGGUUCGACUCGUCCGAGUUCCAGAGUUUCUCGCCCCACCUGAGGUCGAGUACUGCAUCUCGGCGAUCGACGACGUCUUGAUCGGUGGAGCCGACGCCGAGUCAUCCUCGUCCUUCACAGAGGACGACUAUGAGAAUGCGCUCGACGGCCUCGUCCUCCUCGCUGCACUGCAUCCUCGAACGGUCGAGUCGUCGACGUUGCCCAAGCUGUUUGAGCGGUUACCGACAAGCGCUGAAACCGUUCCAUUCCACAAGAGUCUCGAAUCGACACGGUACCGAAAAGCCCUCGAAGCUCUGGCCGCUUUGUGCGCCAUGCAUCCUGACCUCUUCGAGAUCCUCUCGUUGAGACUACUGGCACGACUUGAAGGCAUCAUCUCGACGCCGACACCGGAGGUCACGCCUUCGGUCCUCUUGUAUGCGCACCAUCUCCUCACGACCCUCAAAGCCGUGCUCAAGACCAAAGUCGAGCGAGAAGAUGACGACGUCGUCAAAUAUAUUGAAAAAUUUGCCCCGCGGUUACUCGGCUUGUUCAUCCUUCCAACUGUUGGACCCUCGAGCGGGUUGAACGGUAUCGUCACGGACGUACGGCUGUUGCACGACGUGGCGGCGAUCAUCACCGUUAUCGUUCAACGAUUGGAUGCGGGUCGGCAGACUCGAUUCGCCGCGGACGUUUCAGCUGCAUUCCACUCGGGUCAGCUCGAGGCGCUCUUGGGCGAGAGCGUCAAAUCUGCACCGACGAAAGUCGCGUUCGACCCUCUCGGUAACGGACCCACAGCUCAACGAAACUUGAUUUUGCUGUACACCGCCUCGCUCGUACCUAUUCGACCGGCGGUCAAGCUGUCCCCGGAGCAAGACAUCAAUGACCUCGUCCGAGGCACCCUUCGACGAUCCGUCCAAGCAGAGGAUGAGAUUCAACGAAUCGCGAACUUGCAUCUCCUCGGAUCACUCGUCAACAAACGAGCACCCGAACUCGUUCCUUGCUUUGAGAAGGACCUGUCCACGUUCUGGACCGACAAUAUCGAAGGGGGGCCAGCGUCGACUCGAGUGAUCGCUUUACGUGCGUGGUUGUGGAUCGCGAAAGGUUUGAUCGUGCGAUCGGAGCAAAGGGGUUAUGAUAUGGUCUCGAAAAUCGUGGGCUUGUUCGAUGAUGAGGUGUUGGGGAAUGCGGCGGCGCAGGCUCUAGGCGUCAUCGCGGACGAGAGCGAUCAGGUCUUAUCCAAGGACAACUUUGCUGUGCUUCGGGUGAGUGUCCCCUCGGUGCAGGGUUUGGACGUGGUCCCGGGGCGUGUUGAACUGAUAAUCUUGUUGUGUCGCUACGUGCUCAGCUGCUGUACAAGCAACGCUUCUGCUCGUUCGUACUCCCCAAAAUUGUGGCGGGACAUGACGAAGCGUCGGGCAACCCGAGCGUCUUGGCCGUUCGUCUCGUCGCGCUCUCUGGCCUGCUCAACCACAUCCCAAAACAAUUGACGCUCACUGAACUGCCUCGGGUGAGUCUGAUUAGCCAUCCAACACGAGUCGAGUUCAUUCUCUCAGUGCUGAUAUAUCGUCCACCUCACGCAGCUCUUACCACUCCUCAUCUCGGCCCUCGACCUCCCUGACCCCCUUUUACGAGCCAACGUCAUCGACUCGUUGAAGACGCUGACGUUGGAAGAGACGUUGUCCGAGACGCUCGAGCUGAACAUUCCUUCCAUCGUAAAUAAGCUCAUCAAAUCACUCGCGAAUGAAAUUGGGUCCUCAAAAGAGUUGAUCGUUAGUUCGAAAACUGGCGGACCCUAGGCUACGGUCUUGACAGCAUAACGCUGAUGAAUCUCACCUUUCCGCCUUCAGACAUUGAGGUCCUCGUGCCUCUCCUUCCUCCAAGUCCUCCCCGCCCAAGUCCCCUACCACGUCCUCCACCCGCAAAAACCGAUGGUGCUCAAGCAGUUGGCGCAAAGCGUUGACGACCCCAAGAAGCAGGUCAGGAAACUCGCCGUCGAUUGUAGAAGCGCGUGGUUCACUUAUGCCGGGUAA